AUGCAUGAAAUACAAUACGACAACGAGGGAAAGAGACUGUAUAACAAACCUAACUACAUAACUGAGAACCGCAAUGGAAAUGGUGUUGUGUCUGACUGGGUCAGUGGAGUAGUUGUGACAGAUCGUGGAUGCAGACAUCGAUUCUCCUACACAGGGUCUCCAUCAAGAUCACGACUUCGACCUCUAGGAAUCUGCACCGAAGCACUUUCAAGCAUCCUUGUGUGUGAUUAUACCAGCGGCACUAUACAGAUGAUUGACAGUGACGGCCACUUCCUGUCACUGAUACUGAGAAGACAACAGGAUAUAAACAGACCUCACAGCCUAGGCUAUGAUUACAAGUCUCAUCUUCUCUGGAUACAUUCGGCAGCUGUUACUGUUGACAUCAUGGAUGCGAUAAAAUUUAUCUCUCAGAGUAAAGUACGACAGUGUUCUAAGUGUCAGAGGAGGGAAACAUUAUACUACUGUGACACGUGUAAACAUGAUCUGUGUCUACUGUGUAAAAAACAACAUGUAAUUGAUCUUCACACCAUUUAUCAUGAUGUCAUGAUUUACCGUGAAAAAUAUGGAUACCUAUCAAAGAAGGAGAACUGUCGGAGACAUAAGAACCAAUUCUAUGAAAAGUAUUGUAAUUCUUGUAAACUUCCAAUCUGUAGACAAUGUAAAGAGCACAGGCAACACAACGUACAGAACAUACACAAAGUUUAUAAAGCAAAGCGACAACUAGAAGGAGAAACUAUUCACGAAAUUAGAAGUGAGACUCUCUAUAACAGCUGUUUUCUCUUGGAAUGGAUAAAAAUUAACAGAAGAGGUUGUGAUAAACGUAUCUCAAAUAUUCAGUCAAUGCUGACACAAAAGAACAGUAUAUUAAUGGAAGAAAUCGAUAAUUUCAUUGCUGGUAUGAUAGGAAGGCAUAACAGUCUUAUUCAUAGAUUAAAACUAGAGAAAAGGAAACUUUUGAGCACAGAGAUGUACGCACGGAAAUUUGACCAAUUAGUGAAUAGUCCAGUAAGAUUGCUCUUAUUCCUAAAAUCGACACAUCAAGCCAAUAUAAACGAAAUCCCAAAGUUUACACAAUACAAGUUUCACUUUCUAACUGCGGACAUCAGCAUUGAGGAUGUUGUUAAGUUACUGAAAGAAAUUAAAGUGAAAGAAGGAAAGAGAAUAGUUAGAAAUAGAUAUCUGUUGAAAUUAAUGCCUGAAGCAGUAUUACAUAGAUCAGUUCCAAUUAAAGGCGUCCAUAAUAUAGAACAUAUAACAUGUUUUCAAUCAGAACGAUUCUGGGUCAGUCUUCCUAACAAACUCAUCUUGCCGAGAAAGGCAAGUGACCCUUUAUAUAAUGAGACAUAUAAAAGAGCUGGGAUGGGGGUGCACACUGUGACCAUUACCGGUGAUCUUAUUUAUAUAGACCGGGAUUAUAAUAUAAAUAAACUAUCCAAGGAUACGAAAACAAGUUUUACACUGGUGAAGAAAGCAAAACCAUGGAUACCACUCUGCAUUGCAAGCUCACACUCCAAUGGAGAUAUCUUGGUUGGGAUGUGGAAUUACAAUAAAGCCGAGGUAAAGCGUUAUAACAAAACUGGUGAACACAUGCAGACGAUACCACAAGGCAAAUCAAAUCAGGGACUUUUUGGUUAUCCUUUAUUCAUCACAGAGAACCGUAAUGGAGAUAUUGUUGUUUCAGACAAGAAACAUGGUGCUGUAGUGGUGACAACGCGGGAAGGAAGACAUCGGCUUUCCUACAAAGGACCUUCGUCACGAUUACAACCUCUUGGCAUCUGUACAGAUGCGCUAUCACAUAUCCUGGUGUGUGAUGAUAACACCAACACAGUACAUAUGAUUGACGAAGAUGGCAAUUUUCUUUCAAAAUUAUUAACGAAACACCAAGGGAUAAAGAAACCAAAGAGUCUGUGUUAUGAUGAAAGAACUCACAUGCUUUGGGUAGGAUCAUCUGGCAACAGAAUAAAUGUAUACAGUUACAUAGAGAGGAAGCACAACUUCAAAAUGUAAUGUUGUUGAGUAAGUUACAAAAAUACACAACAAGUGAUGACAUUUAACUUUACCUGUAAUGUCUACAUUGUAAAAAGUCAAAAUAUCUUCCCUUUGAAAAAAUAGAUUUACAAUGAUAGAGACCCGAGGCGUGUGAAUCUUUGUAUUGAAUUAUCAGUAAAACGCGUUCAUAACAAAGUCGCU